UCGCCCGCUUUCUUUGCACUCCAACUGCGAUUGGGUCUCCUGCACUGUUCCCCUGUCACUUUCAUCUAGGUUACACUUCGCUUGAGAAAAAAGAUUUGGAGGAGCAAGUGCCGCCGGUAUUUAUGUCCGUCAAUCAAUCCAGGGCUGAGAGGACCCAGGGUCAGCUUAGGAAACCCAGUCGAUCGGGCAGCUCCGGCCAGCAAAGGGGUUCCAUUGGCAGCGGCGCUCUCGGGAAGGGCGGCAGUUCCGCCCCUUCUCCUAUCUCCUCGUCUGCUUCCUCUGCUGCUCCUUCGUCGAUCUCCCCAUCGUUGUCGACGAACCGCAGUAUCAAGAAAUCUGGUAAUGGACACGGCGGUCAAUCUAGAAUAAUUCCAGCAAGCACGACUUCUGAAGCGAGUGGUGCUGCUCCCUCUACCACCGCCCAUCGUGCUGUUCAGAAUGGUGCUCAGGCCCCCCAGCCUUCUCCUGGAUUUUCAGAUGCAUCAGUCCCCAGCGGUGCAAAACUUAUUGAUAUGCCGACCCCUAGAAAUGCAUCCCGAGGUAUCCCUAAGUCGCCAUAUUCUCAAUCUGCUACUGGAGCUUCAAGUUCUUCAACAACCUCGGCACCGCCCAAAGGGGAUACAUCUAGGACUUUUCCCCUUCAGUUUGGCUCGAUAAACCCUGGCAUCGUGAAUGGAUUGCAGAUCCCUGCUCGGACAAGCUCCGCGCCACCAAAUCUGGAUGAGCAGAAAUGUGACCAGGCUCGCAUUGAGUCGUUUGGAGCUGCUCCAACAUUGCCUGUGGCCUCUAUCCCAAAACAGCAGCAGCAACAGCAAGCCAGAAAGGAUGUCAGUGGUGCUCAGCAAUCUAAUAGUGUGGAGGCCCAUCCUCUACCACAAUCAAAGAGGGAUGUAAGCAUCCCAGUCCCAUCUGCCUCAGUCACAUCCAUGCCAAAAUCAUCUGUUCUUCCAAUUCCUGGAAUGCCUCCUAUGCCUAUGCCUAUGCCAUUUCAACCUCACCAACCACAAAUUCCUCCUCAGCUUGGUGGCCCUAGUCCCCAAAUGCAAUCACCAGGCCUUGCAGCCAAUUCACUUCAAAUGACCAUGACAUUACCUGUGGGCAAUGUUCCCCAAGUUGCACAGCAGAUUUAUGUUCCUGGCAUCCAAUCUCAUUUUGUACAACAACAGGCAAUGAUGCACCAGGGCCAGGGUUUAGGGUUUGCCCCUCCAAUUAGUCAUCAAUUGUCCCAGCAGUUAGGAAAUAUGGGAAUGGGCAUUUCUUCACAAUUCCCUCAACAGCAUAUGGGUAAAUUUAGUGGCCCUCGUAAGACUAUAGUGAAAAUAACUCAUCCAGAGACUCAUGAAGUGUUGAGGCUUGACAAAAGAAUGGAUUCUUCUAAGGAUGGUGUUUCCUCUGGGCAAAGGUCACUUUCUAAUGUAAUCCCACAAGCUCAGCCUAUUCCAACAUAUUCUGCAGCUCAUCAGAUGAACUACUACGCCCCCAUGCAGCAGAAUUCUUAUAGCCCUUCUCCACUUAUUUUUACCACCACUACUGUUCCUCUGACCAGUGGGCAGGUACCUCUGAGCUCACAGGCUCCAAAGUAUAGCUAUCCUGUGAGUCAAAGUGGACAAAACUUGUCCUUCAUGAAGUCAUCCAUGGCCAAUGCUGUUCCAGGUGGCAAACCUGCACUUUCCAUGCCUGAAGCGGUCAACUUGGAAGGGUUACCAGUUUCCACCUCCCUCCCUUAUGCAGUCCAGAUAAAUGUGAAAGGUUUACAAAGUGAAAUAGUUGGUGCAUCUUCCGGGACACCUCCAGUGGUAAUUAGCAUGCCUCUUACUGAGGCAGAACCAGUUAAGUCGGUGAAGACUGUGGCAGAUGCUACCGUUUCCUGUCAUAAAAAUAAUGAGACCAGUCCAGAUGGACCUGCUCAGCAGCUCAAGUCAGGCUCCGAGCCACUACUUACAUUGCCUGUCUUGGACAAAAGCUCAGCUGCUGCUCCUCCUGUGCUCUCAUCACAGAGAAUGCUCUCUGAAGCUUCAUCCACCCCUGAAUCACGAACUGGAGAUUCUGGAUCAGUUCAAUCUGGAAGUGAUAUUAGGAAAAGAGAACCUCUUCGAAGAUCUGAUUCUUUAAAGGAUAACCAGAAAAAGCAAAAUAGAAAGGAUCUUAGAAACUCCCAACAAGAACAUCAGUUAGAUGUGUCUUCUCCUGAAGGAGCAAAACUGUCUUCACCAAAACCAACCAAGAGUAGUUAUGCGGGAGAGCUAAUUUAUCAAGAAGGAUGCACUAACACUGAGAAUACUGAAGCUGUUUUGGCGUCUGAUCUGGCCACUCCUUCAGCAUGGUCUUGUAAUAAAGCUGAAAACAUGAUUCUUUCGGAAGUAGGAGCAACUGAGCCAUUUAAAGGUGAAAUAAUGCCUGCUGCUUCUGGCUUAUCUGGAUCGAUAUUGGAGAAGGAAGCAUCUCAAGGUACUUCACUGUUUCAUGCUGAUUCAUUUGGUUCAGCACCUGAUGGUGUUUCUAUCAAAGAGGAUGUCCCUUCUGAGGUUACAACUUCUUUGAGUCCUAUGAUGGAUGGAACUAAUUCCAGGAGUUUGUGUACUAGCUCAUGUUUGGUCAAUGAAGUUUUGGACGUUAUGAGAGAUGAAAUGCUUGAUGUAACAAAGCAUGAGAAGUCUGAAGUGUCAGAUGCUUCAUUGCAAGAUUCUAGUGACAAUAACGUGCAUCAACCUUCUACAACCAAGAAGUCUUACAAACUUUUUGAUCCAGUUAUGUUGCUAAAACAAGAUGAUGGCGGAGGAAAUGAUGGGAAAGUGAAAUUUAGUGAUUACCAUGAAGCAGACAACAAACAGUUUAGUAGCUUUGUUGUUGGAACUAAAGAGGGGGAAAGUAGAAUAGCCAAUGAAGAAAAUAAGACAAUUGAUGCAUCUCUGGACCCUGCUGAUUCUGGAACUGCACCUAGCAAUGAUAUUCGAUCUGCCAAUGAUGACAAAGAUAAGGUUGACAUUUUUACAACCAAAUGUGAAAUAAAAUACAGUGAGGAUAUUGGUUUAACUGAUUCCGGUGUCAUUGAGACAGCCCCUGUUCCUAGUCCAUCUUUAUCUGAGGUGACACAGAAGUCGGAAUCUGAAGUUGUGGGUUUGCAUAGUGGACUGGUUUCUGCAACAAGCUUGAGGCAGAAGGAGAAGCCUUCGUUGGAAACAUUGAAGCCUAAGAUUACUACCACAAGAAAAAAGAAGAGAAAGGAAAUACUUUCCAAAGCAGAUGCUGCAGGGACUUCUGACCUUUACAAUGCAUACACAGGCCCAGAGGAAAUGCAUGAGACUGUUAGCAACCCAGAAAGCAUAGAUAAUUCUAUGACUGACACAAAGAGUGCACAUGUAGAUUUUACUAAUAAGGAAGUGGCUGCAAGCGAGGAAGAUGGGCAGAACAAAGCUGAGCUGGAUGAUUGGGAAGAUGCAGCUGAUAUAUCAACUCCAAAACUGAAAACAUCAGAGCAUGGGCAUUCAGCUGAUGGGCAUGAUUAUGAUGGUGAUGAAGCUACUACUCAAAAGAAAUACUCGAGGGACUUUCUAAUGACCCUCUCGCAGCAGUUUACUGAGCUUCCUGUGGGUUUUGAGAUUGGUUCUGACAUAUCAGAUGCACUGAUGAGCACUCCACUAGGGAAAUCACCAUGUCCAAGUCCUGGGAGGAUCAUAGAUCGACCAUCAGGUGCUUCUCGAGUAGACCGCCGUAUGGUUGGCAAUCUGGAUGAUGAAAAAUGGACAAAAUCUCCAUCUUUCGGCCUUGGACGUGACAGGUUGGAUAUCGGGCAUGGAGCUGCAAUUGUCAGUCUUCGACCUGGGCAAGGUGUCAGUCAUGGGGUUUUGAGAAAUCCACGUGGGCAGGCAUCCAAUCAAUUUGGAGGAAUUCUAUCGGGGCCAACACAGUCAGUGGCAUCUCAGGGAGGCAUGCCUCGUGAUGCAGAUAGGUGGCAGCGUGCAAGAGGUUUAAUGCCCUCUCCUCAAACACCUUUGCAGGUAAUGCACAAAGCUGAGAGAAAAUAUGAAGUGGGCAAAGCUGUUGAUCAGGAAGAGGGAAAGCAAAGACAGCUAAAAGCUAUCCUUAACAAAUUGACCCCUCAAAAUUUUGAAAAAUUCUGUGCCCAGGUCAAGGAGGUUAACAUUGACAGUGCAGCUACUCUUACUGGUGUCAUCUCACAGAUCUUUGACAAAGCUUUGAUGGAACCUACCUUUUGCGAAAUGUAUGCUAACUUUUGUUUUCAUCUCUCUGGUGCACUACCUGAUUUCAAUGAAGACAAUGAAAGAAUAACUUUUAAAAGACUGCUUCUGAACAAAUGUCAAGAAGAAUUUGAAAGAGGGGAGAGAGAACAAGCUGAAGCUAACAAAGUCGAGGAGGAGGGUGAGAUCAAGCAGUCCGAAGAGGAGAGGGAAAAGAAAAGGCUCCGGGCCCGCAGGCGCAUGCUGGGUAAUAUUAGGUUGAUUGGGGAAUUGUACAAAAAGAAAAUGUUGACUGAGAGAAUUAUGCAUGAGUGCAUCAAGAAGUUGCUAGGCCAGUAUCAGAAUCCUGAUGAGGAAGAUGUUGAAGCGCUGUGCAAAUUGAUGAGUACAAUUGGGGAGAUGAUAGAUCACCCCAAGGCAAAAGAGCACAUGGAUGCAUAUUUUGAUAUGAUGACAAAUCUAUCAACAAAUCAAAAGUUAUCUUCACGUGUUAGAUUUAUGCUGAGAGAUGCAAUUGACCUUAGAAAAAAUAAAUGGCAACAGAGAAGGAAAGUUGAGGGGCCAAAGAAGAUCGAGGAGGUUCACAGAGAUGCAGCUCAAGAAAGGCAAGCUCAAUCAAGUAGGUUGGCUCGUGGUCCUGUCAUUAGUAAUUUCCCAAGACGUGGUCAAGUAGUUGACUAUGGUUCCCGUGGAUCCACACCGUUAACUUCUCCAAAUUCCCAGCAGGUUGGCAGUCUUCGUGGAUUGCCAACUCAGGCUCGUGGGUAUGGCACCCAGGAUGUACGCUUGGAUGAUAGGCAUCAUUUUGAAACAAGAACCGUGUCGCUUCCUCUACCGCAAAGGUCUACUGAUGAUGAUUCUAUUACCCUUGGUCCUCAAGGUGGCCUGGCUAGGGGAAUGUCUACAAGAGGACACCCAUCAAUAUCAAUAUCUAAUGUUCUGGCUUCUGAAUCUCCAGCUGUUGGAGAACAUCGUAGAUUGACAUCAGGUCCAAAUGGUACUAGUUAUAUGGCAGAUAGGUUUUCUGGAACAGCACAUGAUCAAGUAAAACCUCAUGAUCGUACUAGUUACUAUGGAAGCAGAGACUUCAAGAUUUCAGAUCAUACUUCUGAUAGAUCAGUUAUGUCUAUUCUACCUGCUGGGCGAACUCAUGGUACUUCAGACAGCAGCCUAACUUCAGCUUCUGAAAUAAGAACAUUACCAGAAGAAGUUCUGCGAGAAAAAUCAAUUUUAGCAAUAAGAGAGUUCUAUAGCGCCAAGGAUGAGAACGAGGUUGCAUUGUGCAUCAAGGAGCUAAAUGCUCCAAGUUUUUAUCCUUCUGUCAUCUCACUGUGGGUCACCGACUCAUUUGAGAGAAAAGAUGCCGAAAGAGAUCACUUGACAGAGCUUAUUAUCAACCUUUGCAAAUCAAGGGAUAGCUUGCUUAAUCAAGUACAGCUACUCCAGGGGUUUGAAUCUGUUCUUUCUUCAUUGGAGGAUUCUAUGAACGAUGCACCAAGAGCAGCAGAGUUUCUUGGUCGCAUUUUUGCCAAAUUUGUUAUGGAAGAUAUGGUUACCUUGAGAGAGAUUGGAAGAUUGUUGUGCGAGGGAGGUGAAGAACCAGGCCGUUUAAGAGAGACUGGGAUAGCAGCGGACGUGCUCAGUAACAUUUUCGAGACCAUACGGUCAGAAAAAGGAGGGACCAUUUUGAAUGAGAUCCGGGCUAGCUCCAACCUACCAUUGGAAGAUUUCCAACCGCAUCCUAAACAAUCAAAGAUGGAUGCAUUUCUUUGAUAUAAGGCAUGAUAUUCAUGGUUUUGUAGGAUGUUCCAUCCAGAAAAAAAUUGCUCUCCUUUCUCUCCUCGUUUUGUGUUCUUAACAUAUUGGUUUUUGUUUCUGCAUGCCUUCAUAAUCGUCCCGUUGUUUGGUGCAGUCAAUAACGGGAUUUGAGAUGAACAGUUUGUGAGUUUAUGUCAGCAGCGGGAAUCAUCAAGGCAAGCCUUUUUGAUC